GGGAGAGGGAGAGAGGGAGAGGGAGAGACACACAGAAAAAGAGAGAGAGAAAGUGCCACUGGAUAUAAUUGAUUGUCUCGCUAUCAACAAUAACUUGUUAGUAUAGUCAAUUCCAGCUGCUUUUGAGGCUGGCUGUUUGUGCUGAGGCUUCAGAGGCUCUCGGAUUGUUGAGCUCAUCGAGCUCGAUCCCAUCCACAGGAGCUGUGGCCAGGAGAACUGCCACUUUAAAGGACUCGAAGUUCUCCAACCCUGCGGCAAAACCAACUACACCAUGUUGGCGGGCAUGUAAUUGCACACAAUUUCUGGACCGCGUCUUCAAAUUCGUUUUUUUUAUUUUCUUUUGUCGGUCCAGUCCUGUAAAAUAAUACGAGUAUUACUGCUGUAAAUAAGACUGUAAAUUCCACAUAUUUUAAUCAUUGAAAUAUUUGCGGCACAAACUGAAAACACGACGAAAAAAAAUGACCUCCAAAGAAGACGCAAAAGGCGCCUCGGUUGAGGAGAGAAGGCGCAGUCCGCUGGACCAUCUGCCUCCUCCUGCAAACUCCAACAAGCCUCUCACGCCCUUCAGCAUUGAGGACAUAUUAAACAAACCCUCCGUGAAACGAAGUUACUCGCUCUGCGGCACGGCGCAUCUUCUCUCUGCCGGUGAGAAGCUCCCGUCAGCGGCUCACCCGUUAGGCAGCCGGGCUCUGCUCACACACACCUCUCCUCUGUGCGCACUGGAGGAGCUGGCCAGCAAAACCUUCAAAGGGCUCGAAGUCAGUGUUCUGCAAGCCGCUGAAGGAAGAGACGGUAUGACACUGUUUGGCCAGAGGAAUACUCCCAAGAAGCGGAGAAAGUCGAGGACAGCCUUCACCAAUCAUCAGAUAUACGAGUUGGAGAAGCGGUUUCUCUAUCAGAAAUAUUUAUCUCCAGCGGACCGGGAUCAGAUCGCACAGCAGCUGGGUUUAACCAACGCGCAGGUCAUCACCUGGUUCCAGAACCGACGAGCUAAGCUCAAACGCGACCUGGAGGAGAUGAAAGCGGAUGUAGAAUCGGCCAAAGCCCUGGGAACGGUGCCCUUCGAAAAGAUGGCGAAAUUGGCGGACCUGGAAAAGUGCGCAAACGGCACGGCUGCGCCUCCGCUGAGCGAAUCUGCGGGGCUGUGCGGAAGGGAGCGGAGCAGCGCGAGCCAGCUGCCUGCGUCUCCACCAUCACCGCUCACAGACCACACGACCAGCAAAGACAGCUCCGAGGACGAAGAGGAGGAAAUCGACGUUGAUGACUGAUGCUCAGAAUCACCGUUUACGAACCUCUUUUCCUUAAAACGCUAGAGUUUAAAGUGCCAUUAAUGCACCAAAUGUAUUUAAAAAAAACUCAUGACAAAUGAAAACUCAAAAGCAUGGACAGUUUUCCGAGAUUUAUUUAUGCAAUGACAGUUAUCCAAACAUCGCAAUCAUGUAGCUUAUUUAUUUCAAACUGUUAGUUGAAGGAAAGCAAUAAGUACCUUGACAUAAUCUCUCUCUCUCUCUCUCUCUCUCUCUCUCUCUCUCUCUCUCUCUCUCUCUCACACACACACACACACACACACACACACACACACACACACACACACACAAUAUAAUUGCCCGUUUAGGCCAUAUAGGGAAAAAAAAUCACCGUGUUUUGAGAAAUGUAUAAUGCAUGUUAUAUUUUAUGUUACGAUUUUAUUUUUGUUAAAAAUGACUGCAGAUCUGAUAUGAAUAUCUCCGAAACGUUCAAAGGCUACAGCAUUCACACGUGUAGAGCGUGUGUCCAUGUAAUGCGUACACAGGACUGCAACGUCUUCAACGUUUGAUAUAUUAAAUUUUGUUACAAAACAUUUCAUACUAACGUUACUGCGUGUGGGGGAAAACAGGACAAUUGUGGUUCAAUUUAGACGGUCACAUUUUGAAUAUAUUUCUUAUGGUUUGUAUGCCUGUAAGUGCCUUUUAAACCCAGACACCAUUUAAACCCAGUGUAAAAAGUGUAAUGUAUUUAAA